GCUCAGCUGCAACGCUAGUGAACAAGUGACAACAUGGCUGAGGAGUCGGCUGUGAAAGUUUGCAUUCGAGUCCGCCCUAUUCAUAGAGAAGAAAGCGAUCCAUCACAACGGACAGAGCCUGAUCAGGUCUUUUGGAAAGCAAAUAAGAAAUUAAUUCAGCAGAUUGAUGAUGGAAACUUGACAAAGAGUUUCAGUUUUGACCGAGUGUUCAUUGCCGAAGAGACAACCAAUCAAUUAUACCAGGAUAUUGCAAAGCCGUUGGUUGUUUCAACCGUUGAAGGAUACAAUGGUACCAUAUUUGCUUACGGUCAGACAGCCUCUGGAAAGACAUUCACAAUGAUGGGAAGUAACCAUAUUCCUGGUGUCAUACCACUGGCUAUUGAUGAUGUUUUCCAAACCAUUAAAAAGUGUCCAAAGAAGGAGUUUCUUCUCAGGGUGUCUUACAUGGAAAUAUACAAUGAAACCGUGACUGAUCUGCUUGUUGACAGCUGGAAAAGAAAACCGUUGGAAGUCAGAGAGACCACCAAUAAAAAUAUCUAUGUUGCUGACCUGACUGAGGAACUGGUGACUUCUCCUGCACAAGCUCUGGCCUGGAUUCGUAAAGGAGAGAAAAACCGUCACUAUGGAAUGACAAAAAUGAACCAGCGCAGCAGCCGUUCACACACCAUUUUUCGAAUGAUCCUAGAGAGCCGUGAAAGAAGUGACCUUGCAUCAGGUGAAAAUGCAGAUGGAGCCAUCAUUGUUUCCCAUUUGAAUUUGGUUGACUUGGCUGGGUCAGAGAGAGCAAGCCAAACAGGGGCUGAAGGUACACGCUUGAAAGAAGGCUGCAAUAUCAAUCGCAGCCUGUUCACACUUGGCCAAGUGAUAAAGAAGCUUAGUGAAGAAAGCCCAAGUGGUUUCAUAAACUACAGAGACAGUAAGUUAACGCGCAUUCUUCAGAACUCCCUCGGUGGAAACGCCAAAACAGUCAUUCUCUGCACAAUCACAACUACAUUCCUUGAUGAGACGCUUCGCACUCUGCAGUUUGCAUGCACUGCAAAAAAAAUGAAGAAUGAUCCCCAUGUCACAGAAGUAUCUGAUGACGGUGCGCUGCUCAAAAGAUAUCGAAAUGAAAUUGUAGACCUCAAGAGGCGACUUCAAGAGGUUUCCUUGGUAACGCAAACCACAGCAACAGAGAGAGAGGUGCUCUCUCAGCUUCUCCAAGAAAAAGAACAACUUCAAGGAGAGCAAGCGGACAGAAUAAGAAACCUCACCAAACUGCUGGUCACAAGCACCAACUUGAAUCGUGUACAAAAGGUGCCCAAACGCAGGGUUACAUGGGGAGGAAAAAUGGCUCCCCCAUCUACCAGUGAAGGUGGUCUGUCAGACCUUAGCUUUGCUUGCUCUGUCAGUCAGAAGAGAAAAGCCUCCUGUGUGAUUGAGGCGAUUGAAGAAGAUGAAGAAUUUGACACUCACUGGGAGAUUCCUGAGGAGCCAUUUGAUGACACAAACUCAAGCGAUGACUUUGUUACACUCCGUAGCUUUGGAAACCGGUCAGUCGACAGAGUGGCAGAACUGGAGCUCCAACUUCAAACAUUAGACCAGCAAAACCAGCAAGCCUUGGAUCAAAUUCAGGCAAUGGAUGAGAAGGCAGCAAAUUUUGACCUCAAGCUCAAAAGUGAAGCUCAACAGAAAGCUGAGGCCAUUGACAAAAUAGAGUUGCUGGAGCUGUCUGUGGCAGAGCUAAAAAAACAACUUGAAGAACAGAGCCAAAAGCAGUGUGAAUUUGAUAAACAGAUGGGAAGAGAUUUUGCAGAGACUGUCCAGCUUUGUGAGAUUCUAGCCACAGAGAAGGAUAUGCUUGCUUCUGAACGAGAUUACCUAAAACAGGAGUUGGGCAUUUUCAUGGAGCAGACCCAAAUAUUGGAGAAAGAGAGAGCUGCUAUUUCACAAGAGCUGGAAGAAAACCGGCAACUGGAGGAGUUCAAAUCUCUUGAGAAAAACUUUGGAAAAGAGCUUGAGAAUGAGCUGCAAGAUGAAAUAUGCUCGUUGAAGAAGGCUCUAGAAUCCCAUGACCUCCAGUGCUCGGAACUUAAGAAACAUUUAGAGACCGUCUCCGAAGAGCUGAUGAGGAAGACCAAAAUUGCUGAUGAUCUUCAGGAUAUGUUUGGCAAGGACUUGGCUCAAGAAGUGGCAAAGCUUCAUCGCUCUCUCGAUGAUGCGGAGGGCCUAGGCAGAGAGACAAAGAAAGAAUGGGCAUUCCUGCGAAGUGAAAACAUUGGCCUGAAAGAGUUGAAGAAUACCCUGACUGUCAGCCAUGAGAAGAUGGAAGCUGAGGUCAACAGCCUGCGUUUUCAACUUGAGUCUGAGAAAUCAAAAUUCAGGAAGAUGCAGAUCGACCUCCAGAAAGAGCUCAAUGUUGUGUUUAACGAGAACACCAAGCUAACCACUCUACUCGAUGGCAAAGUCCCCAGAAAUAUGAUGGAUAAUGUGGAACUUGAGAGAACAGUGAUCAACCUGAAAAAAGAGCUGACGGCAUCUCAGGAAGCAGAGGGAGUACUGAGAUCUCAGCUGGACGAACUGAGGUCAAUUCAGGCUCACCCAAAUGAAGUGAACAACCUGGAGAAGAUUGCUGCUGAAGAGAUGGAGAAACGAGAGUUGGAGGUCACAGCUCUUACAGCAGAGAGAGACCAGAUCCGGAUGGAUCUGCAAGAAAAUAUAGAUAUGAUGAUUGAGAAUCAGGAGGACCUUAGGACUGCUCAUGGGAAAAUAGUUGCUCUGAAACAACGGAUCAAGCAGCUGGAGAGUUCCCAAACAGCUCAUGUAGGAAAGCCUAUUGAUGACAUGACUGCAGAGAUUGAGACGCUUCAAACACAAAGAGAGCAACUUCAGGCUACUCUACAAGUGGUCAGUGAGCAGAAAACACAACUCGAAGCAGAGCUGCAGCGGUUUAUUGAUGGGGCUGCAGUGAAUCAAAGCCGUCUACAUUCCCUCGAAUCUCAGCUUGAAGAGCAAAUUCAGAGAAAUAAUGAUGUUGAAAGAAUGGGUCUAGAGAAGCAAGCUCAGCUGGAACAUCAGGUUGAAGAGUCUCAACUUCUUCUACAUUCCCUUCAAGAUGAGUUUGAAGACAUGAAGCAGAAGAACUGUAAUCUUGUCAAAGUCAAUGAAGAGAAGGAGUUUGAUUUAAAGCAAAGUAUAAAGGUUUUGAGUGUAGAGCUUGAAACUGUAAAAGCAGAGAGGGAUGGCUUAUGUGUCAACAAAGAAGGUGGUCAUCAGACCUCCAUGGAAGAGACUCAGACGUUGAUCUGCAGAUUGACAUUGAUAAGUGAAGAGAGGGAUCAGCUCCUUGAGACAGUGGAGGGAAUGAGACAGAAGAAGAUCCAGCUCAGAACAGAAGUGGAGGAAACAAUGAAGAGUGAGAGCCUGCCAGAGCUCAGUCUGGCUCAAGAGAAGAUCGUAGUUCUACAGGAAGAGGUUGACCUGUUGAGGAAUGGAAACCAAGAUGCUGGCAAAUUUCAAGAACUUCAAAAUCAGAUUCAGAGGCUGUCUGAGGAGCUUGAGUUUGUCGUAACAGAGCGAGACCAUGUCCAAUCUGAGAUGGAGAAACUGAUGUGCCAAGUGACCUGUCUCAGUGAAGAGCGAAAUCAACUGCAGGACCAACUUGAGGUACUGGGACAGGAGACGAGCCAGCUCAGCGCAGAACUGGAGGCCAUUACAGGAACAUAUCAACUUGAGACAGCAGCUUUAACAGAGAAAUGUGUGCGUGUUGAAGCUGAGAAAAAUGUCCUACUUGCUGAGAAGCGCUCCACUGACGAAUUGGAGAAGCUGACUUGCAGGGUGCUGUCUCUCAGUGAGGAGCGAGCUAUGUUGCAAAAGACACAGGAGAUUGUCAGCCAGGAGAAAAAUGAGCUCGCAGCGAAGCUGGAGGAUGUGACAGUAACAUAUGAAGCAGAGAAAAUGCAUUUACUUGAGAAGUUAGCCCUAGCUGAAGCUGACAAAGAUGCUCUACUGGCUGAGAAGGAAAGUAGACGCCACAGCUCUGCUGUGGCGUCUACUCUGGAGCUGACUUGCAAAGUGAAUUCUCUCAGUGAGGAACGAGCUCAAUUGCAGGAGACACUGGAGAUAAUCAAUCAAGAGAAAAAUGAGCUUGCAGUGAAGCUGGAGGAUGUGACAGGAACCUAUCAAGCAGAGAAAAUGCAUUUACUGGAGAAAUUUGAAUUAGUUGAAGCCGAGAAAGAUGUUCUACUGGCUGAGAAGGAAAGUAGAUGUUUGAGCUCUGCUGAGGAAUUGGAGAAGCUGACUUUCAAAGGGAAUUCUCCCUUUGGGGAACGAGCUCAAUUGCAGGAGACAAUGGAGAUACUCAAUCAGGAGAAAUAUGAGCUUGCAGCGAAGCUGGAGGAUGUGACAGGAACAUAUGAAGCAGAGAAAAUGCAUUUACUUGAGAAAUUAGCACUAGCUGAAGCUGAGAAAGAUGCUCUACUGGCUGAGAAGGAAAGUAGAUGUCUGAGCUCUGCUGAGGAAUUGGAGGAGCUGACUUUCAAAGUGAAUUCUCUCAGUGAGGAACGAGCUGAAUUGCAGGAGACACUGGAGAUGCUCAAUCAGGAGAAAAAUGAGCUUGCAGCGAAGCUGGAGGAUGUGACGGGAACUUAUCAAGCAGAGAAAAUGCAUUUACUGGAGAAAUCUGAAUUAGUUGAAGCCGAGAAAGAUGUUCUACUGGCUGAGAAGGAAAGUAGAUGUUUGAGCUCUGCUGAGGAAUUGGAGAAGCUGACUUUCAAAGGGAAUUCUCCCUUUGGGGAACGAGCUCAAUUGCAGGAGACAUUGGAGAUACUCAAUCAGGAGAAAUAUGAGCUCGCAGCGAAGCUGGAGGAUGUGACCGGAACAUAUGAAGCAGAGAAAAUGCAUUUACUGGAGAAAUUUGAAUUAGCUGAAGCUGAGAAAGAUGUUCUACUGGCUGAGAAGGAAAGUAGAUGUCUGAGCUCUGCUGAGGAAUUGGAGGAGCUGACUUUCAAAGUGAAUUCUCUCAGUGGGGAACGAGCUCAAUUGCAGGAGACACUGGAGAUACUUAAUCAGGAGAAAAAUGAGCUUGCAGCGAAGCUGGAGGAUGUGACAGGAACUUAUCAAGCAGAGAAAAUGCAUUUACUUGAGAAAUUGGCACUAGCUGAAGCUGCGAAGGAAAAUAGAUGUCAGAACUCCGCUGAGGAAUUGCAGAAGCUGACUUGCAGUUUAAUGUCCCUCAGUGGGGAACGAGCUCAGUUGCAGGAGAUACUGGAAGAACUGGAGCAUGACAAAAAACAGAUCAGAACAGAGUUGCAGGACAAGAUGAGCAUGAUCUCUGCAAUGCAAGAAAAGUUGAUUAAGCAGAAUAAGCUCAAUUUGCUGCAGGAGGCGGAGAAGACCAACCUUCAACAAGAGGUACAGCAGCUGGAGGAGCAGCUAAAAAUUUUAAAGGAAAAGCAAUCCGAGGUUCAAGCUGAGUCAAACGCGUCACAGCAGUUGCUCACUGAAGCAAAGGCAACCAUCUCUGUACUCAAUGAGAAGCUUAGAAGUUGUGACCAGAACAUGACCGAUUCCAAGGUGACAGCAUCAUCGAGGUUGCAUGAUUCAACUGUGCGACUUGAGGAGUUAUUUGGAAGAUUCCAGAAAUUUAUAGACUCGUGCAUCGAAGCUCACAAAGCAGUCAAAGAGGAUAGCCUCAGGAUUGAAUAUUUCCUGAAUGACGAUGACGCCUUUCCUCAAGCCACAAAUGACGCCCACAAGAUGGUCUGCGGCCUGGGACACAAGAAUUUCACGACUCUCUUUAAUAUUAUUGAUGCCCUUCUGAAAAAGGCUAAGCUAUACAGGAUAGAUUUUCGGCAGUUAGUUGAAUACGACGUGUCCAGCUUUGAGGAGUGGCGCUUGCAGGAUGUGUUGCAAUGCAGAUCACAGGCACCUGGCUUUACGCUGAAAGACCUGGACUGUUGCUCAGGCCAGGGACACAGACUGAGUGAACUGGUCCAAAAAAGACAGUUCUACAUGCAGAAAAUGAACAGCAUUUUGGAGAACCUCUGGGAAGGCUUGGAUUCUUACCGCGAUGAACAUUCAGCAGAGGUCCGAGAAAGGGCCAGGUUCUUAAAGCAGGUGCAGGAUGAGUACAACAGGCGGCCAGUCGUCGUGAGUAGGCUCGACUGCCUCUUUCGCGUUGAGGGCGAUGGCAGAUCUGCAGUGUCACAACGCAGAACAUUGAUUUGUAAGAGCAUCCUUGAUGAAUGGAAAGUUCAGGAUCAGGAAUUGCAGCAGCUGAGUGCGCAGGCUCAACGCCAGUGGCGAGAAGAAAAAAACAAGCGCCUUACUCUGCAACAGAUACUGGAGGAACCUCCAGCAAGGUCAGAGCAGUCUUUGCUCGGCAACAACCAGCAACCUGGUCUACUCCCUCAAUCUGAGGAGAAAGUAAAAGCUAAGCAGCAAGAAGAGGACCAGCUGAAAGCGAACAGUUGCGUCUCUGACCACGUGAUGGUCCUUCAGCGACUCAAGACAGAACUGCUGGCGAGCCAGGCACAAGUUGAAGAGCACAAGAACACUGUCAAAACUCUCAAUAAUCAGUUGCAAGAGUCUGAGAAACGUGCAUCACCUUGUUCUGCUGAGCUGCAGAAAGUCCAAACCCAACUGUUCAAGAUGCAAUUGGAGUUGAACGCUGCUUCCGAUAAGCAUCAACACGAGAUCCAGAAGAUGACCGUUGUUCUCAAUAUGAAGGAAGAGUCCGUGAGGAAGCUGAAGGAGAAACUAAGGACAUUGCAGCAGCAAGGGGAGGAGUCAUUCCUACAGGGUGAAGAGCUUCACGACCGACUGCUAAAUCCUCGAAGUGUGGUGAGCAGGCAUGUUCUUCGUGAUAGCAAACUGGAGGAGGAAGUCAAACGGCUUCAAAUUCAAAUCGGUCAUCUUGAGAAUGUGAUUUCCAGUCAGCAGGCUGACCUUGCUAAAUGGAAGAACAGAGCGGUCAAGCUGAAGUCCAAAGCCAAAAGGGAUGGUCAGCCUUCCCCGCCCCAUACGCCCACCAAACCGGGACAUUGUGCUUACCCCGACCCCUUGCUUCAGUCACCAAAGAAGUUCUUAGUUGCGCCCCAGAAGGUGCUGGAACCCCCCAUUACGCUGGUGGAUUCACCAAAAAUCCCACUGCUUGACUCUCCAAAAAGCAAAUUUUUCGACAUUGCUUCAAAUGCAGACCUACUCGCCAGAACCUAUCCCAGGCAGUUCUUUGAUAACUCCAGUCUUGGAACCACUGCAGAUGCCAACCCGGAUGAAAGCUGCUCUCAGCCUCCAAGGCCAGAUUGUAUAACGCAGUAAACUGGUGUGUUUACUUCAUGUUGUUUUCAACUGUUGUUUUUUAAUCAGUUUUUUUAAAAAUUCAAUUAAAACACUUUUAUUA